AAUGGCACGCCUCAGCCGCUGGGUGUGGGCGUUAACGGGGCGGGGGCGACGUCGGUGGCCGUUGCUAAGCCACUCGAGCUGGACGUGGUCGCCGCGGAAUUGGACGAGACCGACUCGGCACCCUCUUCCUCGGAUGCCGGCAGCGUCGCGCCGCCGCCGCCUGCAAGACCUUGCCCUGCCGUGCCCGAUACGCCGGAGGAGAGGGCGCUCGCAGGGCUGCGUGCCGAGAUGGAGCGGCGGGGCGAGUGUAUCGCCCACCUCAGCCGCGCUGACCUUCUCCGCUGGCUGCGAGCCCGCAAGCUCCACGUGGGCAAGUCGUCCGACUUCCUGCAGGCUGAUUUGGCGUGGCGCCGGAAGCACCGAAUUGAGGAGCGGAGCGGCGAGGACGCGGAUGCGGUGCUCGGGUGCGAGGUGGCCAAGCUCAAGGCAUUCCUACCGCACGAAAACCCGCCCUGCCUCGACCGCAGAGGCCGCCCGGUCAUCAUCAAGCACUUUGGCCACGUCUAUUUCUCGCGGCUGCUCAACUCGACGAACAUCACGCUCGACCAGCUCUGCGACUACAACUGGUGGGUGAACGAGCAGUACACACGCCGGCUGAACGAGGUUGGAGCAGAGCAGUGGCUCAUCAUCUGCGAUGCCAAGGGCUUCUCGCCCACGCAGAUGGACCGGGUGGCGCUCAAGGUGCUCAAGAGCAUGGCAAAUAUCGACGCCGACCACUACCCAGAGCGGCUCGGCGGGUUUGUCAUCAUCAACGCGCCCGCAUCGCUCGCGUUUGUGUGGAAGAUCGUGAGCGCGUGGCUGGACGAGAAGACCAAGGCGAAGGUCCAAAUCAUCUCGGCGGGGGAGCCCAAGCGCGCGAGAGAGCACCUGCACAGCCUGAUUGACCCGGCGCAGCUGCCGGCGCAGUACGGCGGGACUGCGCCGGCGCUGGAGGAGUGGCCUGCAUGGCCGGCGAAGUCGGGAGUGCCGCCGCCAAAGUCGCCGCCAAAGGCGUCGCCCGCGAAGUAAGGGCGUCGGCCGCGUGCGACGCUGCAUUGCGCGUGCCUUGUGAACUCCAGAUGCGUGGACGCGGAGGGAUGAUAUUGUCCCGCGGCUGGCCCAUGCGGCCCCGCUGCGCCCCUCCGCCUAACUUUGCCGCACUACUCGCCCCACGGGCGGACAGAUAAUUUAUAGAGCGGUCGCUUGCCUUGGCGGUGCGUGGGUGCUUGAGAUUGGUUGAUGGUGUGCGUGAUCAUCCCAUCAGUACUCGUGAUCAUCCUAAUCAAACUCGUUGGACUCGGGG